GGGGUGGGAGGCAGAGGGUGGGGUGGGGGCUGUAGGGCGGGCGGCGGCGGGGCGCUGAAUGUGGGUGUCGGGGGAGAUUUGGGGUCAGCUGGGCGAUUCACUGGGGGCCUAUGGAGGUCGCUGUAGACUUGGGGUGCAGCACGGGCGGGGCAAGGGGACGCGAGGUUGCCCUUGGCCCCAGGGGAGAGGGGCCCCUGGGAGGCCGUGUGGAGGAUUUGUCUGCAGCGAUUAGGACUCUGCUGAUCAAUGAUUUGGAUGCCUUUGGGCAAUAGCCCUCUGGAACAAGACAAUCCGUGUGAGAUAAGAAAGAAGAGCCCACAAGACCAAGGAUGUAUUCUCAGUUUACAGACCACUGACCAGAGGCCACUCCAGGGUGUCAGGACUAAGAGAAGUCACAAAACAGCAGAUUUCCCAAGAGCAGCGGAAAAUGAUCCAGUCACAGAUAUCAUUUGAGGAUGUGGCUGUGGAUUUCACGUUGGAGGAAUGGCAGCUACUUAAUCCUACUCAGAAGAACUUGUACAGAGAUGUGAUGUUGGAGAACUAUAGCAAUCUGGUUUUCUUGGGUUUUCAAAUUCUCAAACCUGAUGCAAUGUUCAAACUGGAACAACAAGAUCCAUGGAUAAUAGGUCAAGAAAUCCUAAAUCAGAACUUUUCAGAAGUCUGGCUAGAUAAUCCCAAAAUGUGGCUCCGAGAUAAUCAAGACAACCUUAAAAGUAUGGAGAGAGGCCAUAAAUAUGAUGUUUUUGGAAAAAUAUUUAAUUCAAGCAUAAACAUUGUUCAUGUAGGAAUGAGAUCCCAUAAAUGUGGCACAGGAGAAAAAAGUUUGAAAUGUCCUUUUGAUUUGCUUAUUCCAAAAAAUAAUUGUGAAAGAAAGAAAAUUGAUGAACUCAAUAAGAAAUUAUUGUUCUGUAUCAAACCUGACAGAACCCAUGGUGGAAUAAAAUACUGUGAUUGCAAUACAUGUAGAAAAUCCAGCAACAAAGAGCCAUGGCUCACUGCUAAUCAUAUAACACACACAGGAGUCUAUUUAUGCAUGGAAUGUGGCAGAUUUUUUAACAAGAAGUCACAACUUGUUAUACACCAGAGAACUCAUACAGGAGAGAAGCCCUAUCAAUGCAGUGAGUGUGGAAAAGCCUUUUCACAGAAGUCACUGCUCACUGUUCAUCAAAGAACUCACUCAGGAGAAAAACCGCAUGGGUGCAGCGAAUGUCAGAAAGCUUUUAGUAGGAAGUCACUCCUCAUUUUACAUCAGAGAAUUCAUACUGGAGAGAAGCCGUAUGGAUGCAGUGAAUGUGGAAAAGCCUUCAGUAGGAAGUCGCAGCUUAAAAGACAUCAGAUAACUCACACAAUAGAGAAACCCUACAGUUGCAGUGAGUGUGGGAAAGCAUUCUCCCAGAAAUUAAAACUCAUCACACAUCAGAGAACGCACACAGGAGAGAAACCGUAUACAUGUAGUCACUGUGGAAAAGCCUUCUUUUGGAAGUCGCAGCUUAUUACUCAUCAGAGGACCCACACAGGGAAGAAACCUUACGCAUGUAGUGAGUGUCAAAAAGCCUUCAGCAGGAACUCACUUCUCAUUAGGCAUCAGAGGAUUCAUACAGGAGAGAAGCCCUACGAAUGCAACGAAUGUGGUGAAGCCUUCAUCAGAAAACCACAGCUGAUUAAACAUCAGAUAACUCACACAGGAGAGAAGAACUAUCGAUGCAGUGAUUGUGAAGAGGCCUUCUUUAAGAAGUCAGAGUUAAUAAGACAUCAAAAAAUUCACUUAGGAGAGAAACCAUAUGGAUGCAUUCAAUGUGGGAAAACCUUCUUUGGGAAGUCCCAGCUCCUAACACAUCACAGAACACACACUGGGGAGAAGCCUUAUGAAUGCAGUGAGUGUGGGAAGGCCUUCACCCAGAAGUCAAGCCUGAUAUCACAUCAGAGAACACAUACAGGUGAGAAACCCUAUGAAUGCAGUGAAUGCAGGAAAACCUUCAGUGAGAAGUCAAGUCUCAUUCAUCAUCAGAGAACCCAUACUGGAGAAAAGCCCUUUGAAUGUAGUGAAUGUAGGAAAGCUUUUGCCUGGAAGCCACAGCUUCUUAGGCAUCAGAGAAUUCAUACAGGGGAGAAACCCUAUGAAUGCAGUGAAUGUGGGAAAGCAUUUGUUCAGAAAGUGCAGCUCAUUAAGCAUCAAAGAAAUCACACAGGAGAGAAAACCUAUGGAUGCAGCGAUUGUGCAAAAGCUUUCUUUGAGAAGGCACAGCUCAUUAUACAUCAGAGAAUUCAUACAGGAGAGAGACCAUAUAAAUGUGGUGAAUGUGGGAAAUCUUUCACAAGAAAGUCACACCUUAUGAGGCAUCAGAGGAUUCAUACAGGAGAUAAAUACUAUGGAUGCAAUGAGUGUGGGACCACCUUCAACAGGAAGUCGCAGCUUAUGAUACAUCAGAGAAAUCAUAUAAUAUAAAAAUCAUGACUUUGGCGAAUGCAGAAAGGUUGCUAUCAAAUGUCAUACUUUCUGACACUUUUGAGGAUGCAUAUGGGAGAGAAACCCUAUUGAGGCAGUGACUGUUGAAAAAGCUUGAAUUGAGGAGUCAACAGUCACUAAGCAGAAUUUAGAAAGAGAAGUUUUUAAAAAGCAAACAGUGUAAAAAAAGUCAUCUCCCAGAAGACACUACUCGUUACAUAUUGGAUGACUCAUUGAGGUGAAAACCUUAUUAGUGUUGUGAUAGUAGAGAAGCUUUUAGUCAAAAGUCAGUUUAUUAAAUGUUUAGAAGACCUAAACAGGAAGAAAAUUCUAUUGUUUUUUAUAACAAAGUGGAAGAUUUCAAGAAAGGACAACUCACUGUACACUUGAGAAUAAUACCUACAGAGGUUCAUACUGAAGAGUAGUCUCAAUAAUGUAAAGAAUUUGACAAGCAUGAUGCUAUUGAAAUAGUUCUGUAAGGAAGUGGUGUUCUUUAUACAUCAAUUAUUACAAAAAGCAGUGAAUUUUAAGUGUGAGGUGUGUUUACUUAGAUGUGAAGAGUUCUCCUGUCUGCUGUGAUGGAAUAACAAGGGUCAGAUUUCCUCUCCUGCCUUAAACAACUAGAAGCUAUACAAUACGUAUAAUAGGUAAUGGUUUUUAGACAUAGGACAAGCACAGGUUUGUGAUCCUCAGGAGACUGCAGACAGAGUGAGGUGAGCACCAUGGUUUCUCAGCCUGCCCCCGCACGGCAGUUCCUAGGCUGCAGUUCACGGCAGUUCCUAGGCUGCAGUUCAGGGAAGGGAAACAAUAAAUCUCGCUGAAUUGAAGAGACAGGACUGGCAGUUGGGGAGGCCACAGCAGCUAGAAUUUCCAGGGGAAAGUACUGGAGAGAUGGGAUCCUCCUAGAUACAGGGCUCAAGAAGUCUGCUGGGAGUCCCCCUGAGUCCUUUGACUUAGUACUGACUUGCACUGAGGCCAGGAAAAGAAGCACUGGAAAGCAGCAGGCUGAACAAUUCCUGGAACUCAUGCAGGGCUGAGAAUAGUUUAUGUUCUCAGCAGCCAGAGUGGAAACAGAGUGGAAACACAUGGAGCAUCAGGUAGAAUUCUCAGAAAGGUUUUGUUUUAGUAGUGCAGCUAAUUAACUCUAGAUUAAAAGCUACUCUGGACCUAUAGUGUCUGGCAUCCAAAAAAACUAAUCUGUUAUGCAAAGAAGCAAUAAAAUAUGACUUAUAACCAGGAGAAAAAUCAGUAGAAACCCAGAAAAGACAGAGGUGAUGGAAUUAGUAGACAAGGAUAUUAAAAGAGCUAUUGUAAAUAUAAAGUAGAGGAAAACAUAAGGUUGAUGAAACCUGAGGUAUAAGAGAUAUUUUUAAUGGCCAAAAUGGAACUUCUAGGGAUGAAAUCAACUUCUGAUUUUGUUAAAAUCCCGAGUGGAGAGAUUAGAUACAGAAAAAGAAAAAAAAAUCAAUGAACUUGAAGAGUAAGAAUAAAAACUAUCAAAGUGAUAUAC